GAUCAGUUUAAAUUAGCCAUUUGCCAUGGUUAAAGUGUAUCUUUUCUUGCUGCUUCUAACUGCGGCUGGGGCGCAGAUUCAAUAUGAACCCACGUCACAUGGCAUUACCAUAUCCUUGGAUUCUCUGCUGCCCAUGUUAAAGCUGAAAGAAGCAUAUGUGCAGAAUUUUAAUAGCUAUAAGGAAGCGUUAAAGAUCCAACUAAAGCAAGUCCAGCUAGUCAUAAAACAUGCGGAGGAUCUGUUGAAAGCAACAAAAAGAGCAAAGUCUGGGCACAAUUUUUGGCAUGAAUUCAGGCUCAUACGCCACUUGCACUGGGAUUGGCCGCAAUGUUUGAAGCUGAUGAAGAAAGUCUUGGGCUCCAAGGAGAUUGCAGUGUCCCAAGCUCGAUGUCACGAGCAUCCCACUGGCAUUGAUUUUGAGGAAGCUCUCGGCGCCAUGUACAGACUUCAGACCGUAUAUAGCUUGGAUCCGGGCGACAUGGCCGGCGGAAUAUUACGUGGCAAACGCUAUAGUCGCAAGAAAUGGGGACCGAGCGAGUGCUUCAUGUUCGGUCUGGUUAAUCUGUAUAUCGAGCACUACGAGACAGCUGAAUACUGGCUGGAAUUGGCACUCUUCUACUUUGAUGCACAUCGCAAUCCCAAACAGUUUGACACCAUGGUCAUGAAAUAUACCACCAUUUUGGAAAUGCUCGUUGAGGCCACAAAGGGUUUUGGACGUUUUGCCGCAUCUAUGGAGCAUGCCCACGAGGUACUUUCCAUACAGCCCGAUCAUCCGUAUAUGCUGAAGCAGCUUGUCAAGCUGAAACUGCUGGAAAGUCAACCAUUUGUACGCUCCGAGCCUAAAGAAGAUUUUGUGCAGCUUAAAGCCCUGUGUGCCAAGUCGUAUCCACGAAGAGUAAAUUAUGUGCACUGUCGUUACCUGCGAUCGACGCCGUUCCUGCAGCUGGCAGCCAUCAGAAUGGAGCAAUUGGACCACGAAGCGCCCAUUUAUAUUUAUCAUGAUCUCUUCAACCAUGAGGAAAUAGAGGCACUGAAGAGCUUGGCUAGACCGAAACUGCAACGACCAAGGAUUUCCCGAAAUUGCACCUGCAAGGUAGCCGAGUUGUCCACCUCUAACCAUGACAUCAUUCGCACAGUUAAUCGACGCAUUCAGGAUGUCAGUGGCAUGGAUCUGAAUGAAAAAGAAAUGCUGCAGAUUAUCAAUUACGGCAUAGCUGGAAGAUAUGAUCUUGACGACAGUGCGGGCUCUGCAGCAACAGCUUUAAUAUUUCUGAGCAAUGUGCGGCAAGGAGCGGAAACAGUGUUUCCCUUUCUCAGUUUACGCGUGAAACCGCGGAAAGGUUCGUUGCUGCUGUGGCGGAACUCGGAUUGGAGCGUCUUGCAUAAAUCUUGCCCUCUAAUAAUUGGGAAUAUGUGGGUUGCAACAAAGAUGUUGAAUUAGGAAGAUGGCGGGUGCUGGUUUAUUCCUGUAACGAUUUGUCGUUUAAAUGUAUUUUAAAUACUAAAACUAAAUCUGUUUGCGAACUGCAGAUAGCUAAAGAUGAAUGCUAUAAAUAUGUAGAUAAUAUCCUCCUAACAUCGGGUGGAAUCUCUUUUAUUUUUCAGUUUGUUUAGCAUUAAAUCCAUAUAAGUUUUCGUUAAUCGGAAAA